AACAGAAGUCUUUGCAAAACAUAAAAACAGAACAUGUUCUCACUACCAACUAGUUCGACCGUUCUGUGUCUUGAAACAAUGAGCACUCUUUUGAGUAACUUCCAUUUUGCACCUCACGAUUCUCUAAAUUACAAAAUCUCCCCUUUUCCCAAAAGAUUAUCAUCCUUCACCAACAACAACCCUCGCCUCCCCAUCAAGAACACUCGAAUCUCCUGCAACAGUUUGAGAAUGGAUUCGUCAGAUAAUAACAUUUCCGCUUGUGCACAGCAACCGAAGAAGAUGGAGAUUCCGAACAGCCACGACGAGAAGCUCGUGGGUCUCCUUCACGAAACCGGUUCGAAAGAAGUUGUGGUCUUGUGCCAUGGAUUUCGAUCCAGCAAGAAUCACCAAAUCAUGAAGAAUGUGGCUGCUGCUUUAGAGAAAGAAGGGAUCAGUGCGUUCCGUUUUGAUUUCUCUGGAAAUGGAGAGAGUGAAGGCAGUUUCUAUUAUGCUAACUAUAACCAUGAAGCUGAUGAUCUACGUUCUGUCAUCCAACACUUGUCUGACAUGAACCGUGUGGUUCCUAUCAUUCUUGGGCACAGUAAAGGAGGUGAUGUGGUUCUCCUCUAUGCCUCCAAGUAUCAUGAAAUCAGUAAUGUGAUCAAUCUCUCGGGACGCUAUGAUCUGAAGAAAGGCAUAAGAGAGCGACUUGGGGAUGACUUUUUGGAAAGAAUUAAAGAACAAGGAUUCAUUGAUGUUAACAAUGGAAAAUCCAGCUACCGUGUUACGGAGGAGAGUUUAAUGGAGAGGUUAGGCACUGAUAUGCAUGAAGCUUGCCUCAAGAUUGACAAAGGUUGCAGGGUCUUGACGGUUCAUGGAACAGAUGACGAGGUAAUAACCGUGGAAGAUGCCAAGGAGUUUGCGAAGAUCAUACCAAACCACAAGCUAGAGAUUGUGGAAGGAGCUGAUCAUCGUUAUACUGACCAUCAAAGUCAGUUGGUUUCAACUGUUAUGGAGUUCAUAAACACAGUCAUUGUCAAGAACAACUAGUUUUUUAAUUCUUUUUUUUUUUACCUUGGAGAAUUGUUCAUGGUACACUUUACAUUGUUGUCUGCAAUUAAAAGGGAAACAUUGAUUGGAUUAAAGCCAA